GUGAGAGCUGAGAUCACCAGUAAAGAGAAAGAAGAAGAAGACAUGAUGGAGAAAGUCCAGAAAGAGGCCAAGAAAGACGUGGAGCCGGAGGAGAAGAUCGAGUUUAAGACUCGUCUGGGUAGGAACAUUUACCGUGUGGUGUUCAGGACGGGUCAGGUGGAGAGGAACGAGCUCUUCCUGCCGGGUCGGAUGGCGUACGUGGUCGACCUGGACGAUGAGUUCACUGACACCGACAUCCCGACGACUCUGAUCCGCAGCAAAGCCGACUGUCCGAGCAUGGAGGCUCAGACGACUCUCACCACCAACGACAUCGUGAUCUCUAAGCUGACUCAGAUCCUGUCCUACCUCCGGCAGGGGACGCGCCACAAGAAGGUGAAGAAGAAGGACAAAGGUAAACUGGAUGAUAAGAGAGCUCCGGAGGCUGAUCUCAGUAUCUUUGAGGACAUCGGGGACUACAUCCCGUCCUCCACCUCGUCCUCCAAACCUCCCAAAGACAAAGACAGACACCGCGAGAGAGACAGGGACAGAGACCGCGAGAGAGACAGGGAGAGAGAGAGAGACAGGGACAGGGAGAGAGAGGAGGACGGCAAGAGCAGGAGACACAGCUACUUCGAAAAACCACGAGGAGACGAACACCAG